AUGGCUGAAGAAGAUCCAAAGGGCCACGGAGGCCCAAUCUCUCUUUCUUUUUCAGGUAGUGGGUUUCUUGUAAACUACCAAGUAGGAGUGGUGCAGGCUUUAUGGGAUUUGGCACCUGAAAUAAUGAGAUCAACAUCCAAGGUCUACGGAGCAUCGUGUGGGUCAGUUGUAGCUGCAGCAGUGGCAUGUGAUGUUGACAUAGGUCUGAUAGAAGAAUUUUUUCAUGAAGCUAUGGAAGAAGCCAAGAAAGCGAGUAGUCUCACCCUUUGUCCAGGUUACCGUAUGCUUCGGAUCAUAGAGAAGCGGCUGAGUCAAAUACUGUCGGAGAACUCACACCAGCUGGCUUCGGGGAAGCUUUGCAUUUCCCUCACGCGCUUGUUGGACUUACAGAACGUCAUCAUUUCAGAGUACAGAUCGAAGGAGGAGAUCAUACAGGCAGUGAUCUGUAGCUGCUUCAUUCCUGUCUAUUGUGGAUUCAACCCUCCCUCCUUCCAAGGCGUGCGCUACAUUGAUGGAGGUAUGACUAAUGUGCAGCCUGGCUCGGACUCGGAAACCAUGAUCACGGUAUCCCCUUACACAGGAGAGGUUGACAUCUGCCCGAGGGACUGCCCUGCCUAUUUCAACUGCAUUAGCUUCUUCCGAAGCACCUUCCAGCUCUCAGUUGAGAACUUGUGCCGGUUUAGUUAUAGUAUUUUCCCACCCAGUAUUUCGGUGAGUAGCCUCAGGGACUGCACAGUGCCAGAUCAUUUCAGUAUUGCCAACCCCAAGCAUGUGAGGAUCAUGAAUCAUGAGAUUGCUUAA